CGGGCAGUGCGAACUGCCGGAGCAGCCGCCGGCCGCCAUAUCGGCACACAAAGCUGGUCCCAGAUUUGAGCGGCGGUGAGGCCCCCUGAUGAGCCAGCCUGGGGAGCGCCAUGGAUCUGACUAAGAUGGGCAUGAUCCAGCUGCAGAACCCCUGCCACCCCACCGGGCUGCUGCACAAAGCCAACCAGAUGCGCCUGGCAGGGACGCUCUGCGACGUGGUCAUCAUGGUGGACAGCCAGGAGUUCCAUGCACACCGGACAGUGCUGGCCUGCACCAGCAAGAUGUUCGAGAUCCUCUUCCACCGCAACAGUCAGCAUUACACUCUGGACUUCCUCUCACCAAAGACCUUCCAGCAGAUCCUGGAGUACGCCUACACUGCCACCCUGCAGGCCAAGGUCGAAGACUUGGAUGACCUGCUCUACGCUGCUGAGAUCCUGGAAAUCGAGUACCUGGAGGAGCAGUGCCUGAAGAUCCUGGAGACCAUCCAGGCCUCCGAGGACAACGAUACUGAGGUCACCAUGGCUGACGGAGCCACUGCCACCACCGCUGAGGAAGACGAGGAGAGGAAGUCAAGGUACAUCAGGGGCCUCUUCAUCUCCAAGCCAGCUGGCGAGGAGAGUGGUUACACCAGCGCAGCUGGCCAGAGCCUGCCUGGAGUUGCAGCACAGCAGAGCCCCUCAGCCUCUGCCUCCUUUGGCCCACUCUCUGCCAUGAGUCCCACCAAGGCAGCAGUGGACAGCUUGAUGACCAUUGGGCAGUCGCUGCUGCAGGGCACUCUGCCCCCUGCUGCCCCUGAGGACUCGCGCCCCAGCAGCUGCCGUCACCCCGGCCUCACUGAGGUCAAAACCGAAGUGAUGCAGGUGGACGAUGCCUCCAGCCAUGACAGCCCCCAGAUGGCCGAGCCUGGGGCCUCCAGUGGGGAGAAGCCUGACGAGAAGGGCAAGGAAGGACCUGGUACCCCGACCCGCAGCAGUGUCAUCACCAGUGCCCGUGAACUGCACUACACCCGCGAGGAGGGUGUCGAGCCACCACCUGAGGCCAGCCAGGGGCUGCCUCUGGGUCCAGAGCCCUCUACCACCGUCGUCCAGGGUGAGAAGCCCAUGGGCAUCUAUACCCUGCUGCCGAACCACAAGACUGAAUCGGUGCUUGGUGUGCCGCCGGCUGUGGCAUCUGCCCUUCACGUGCAGCCAGCUCUGGCUGUCUCCAUGGACUUCAGUGCCUACGGGGGGUUGCUGCCCCAGGGCUUCAUCCAGCGGGAGCUCUUCAACAAGCUGGGGGAGCUGGCAGCUGGCAUGAAGACAGAGAGCAGAGCCCUGGGCGAGCAGUGCAGCGUGUGCGGGGCAGAGCUGCCGGACAACGAGACCCUUGAGCAGCACAGGAAGCUGCACAGCGGGAUGAAGACCUACGGAUGUGAGCUGUGCGGGAAGCGCUUCCUGGACAGCUUGCGGCUGCGAAUGCACUUACUGGCUCACUCAGCAGGUGCCAAGGCCCUAGUCUGCGAUCAGUGCGGUGCUCAGUUCUCGAAGGAGGAUGCGCUGGAGAUGCACCGGCAGACACACACUGGGACGGACAUGGCUGUGUUCUGCCUGCUGUGCGGGAAGCGGUUCCAGACACAGAGUGCCCUGCAGCAGCACAUGGAGGUGCACGCUGGGGUGCGGAGCUACAUCUGCAGCGAGUGCAACCGCACCUUCCCCAGCCACACCGCACUCAAGAGGCACCUCCGCUCCCACACAGGUGACCACCCAUAUGAGUGCGAGUUCUGCGGCAGCUGCUUCCGCGAUGAGAGCACACUGAAGGGCCACAAGCGCAUCCACACUGGUGAGAAGCCCUACGAAUGCAACGGCUGCGGCAAGAAGUUCAGCCUCAAGCACCAGCUGGAGACCCACUACCGGGUCCACACAGGCGAGAAGCCCUUUGAGUGCAAGCUGUGCCACCAGCGCUCCCGGGACUACUCAGCCAUGAUCAAACACCUCCGGACCCACAACGGUGCUUCUCCCUACCAGUGCACCAUCUGCCUGGAGUACUGCCCUAGCCUCUCCGCCAUGCAGAAGCACAUGAAGGGCCACAAGCCAGAGGAGAUCCCAACCGACUGGCGGAUAGAGAAGACCUAUCUCUACCUCUGCUACGUCUGAGGGAGGAGGCGCAGGGGCGGUGGGGCCAAAUGGCAGAGAACAGGGCAAAAAAACAACCACCAAACUGCAGCGUCCAUGGCCUUGUUUCUUUUCGGUUCUUGUUUGUUGCUUCUUGCCCAAAGGAUGCUGCAGCUUGCACCAGGGCAGGGGGAUGCACCAACCCCAGCCCCAUUUGCACCCCCUCCCUGGUUGCCCUUCCUAAGGGGGGACUCUCUCCCCUCGCUCCCUGGCCAGCCCCUCCAUCACUGCUGGCGUUGGCCACCAGCACUGCCAGGAAGAUCACGUAGGAAAGACAAAAGUGUGCACCUGGCAUCACCAGUGUGCUGGAAGGCUUCUGGUGUUCUCUGUCACCACGCAGACCCCACUGUGGAUACCCUGCUGAGGACCCAAGCUCAUACGUGGGGCACAGCCCUGCAUGGGACACAGCCCCAUUGCACUGUUGGGCUGUGGUAUCACAGGUGGGAGAAUGCCAGCAUCCAGCAAGAGCAUCCCUAGGGGGGAUCCUGGCUGGAGGAGGGUGUUUGAGGCACAGAAUCACCAGGUGAGAGCUGGGCAGUUGUGAGAGGCACCCAGAGCCUGCUGCCCUCCCCCUGACCAAAGACCUCUUUAUGCAUUUCCCCUGCCUUCCCCGGGAGAUGCAGCUGGUUUGGUGAUGCGUGAUCGGUGCCGGUGUGGGUGCCACUGGUGUAUGGCAUUGCUCUGAACAGGGGCAGGAUCCUCUUAUUUCUGCUGAUUCAAGAUGCCAGGAAGAUGUUGAGUGUGGGUUUUUUGCCCAGCCCUCAGCUGCAGGAGCCCAGCAGUCAGGGGUGUCCAGUGGCAGGCGGCUUCGCUCGCUGCUUCUUCUGCUUUUCGUUUGGUUUUGCUGAACUUUCUUUUGGAAUAUUUCCGUGUUUAGCACAUUUUACUUGAAAUUACCUCGUUUUUUUGUGACCUCAUGAGCUUUUAUUGAUUUGGGGGGGACAGGGGGCUGUGUGGCCAGGAAGGUGCAUGCCCAGCGCUGUGGUGGAGGGGCAGCGCAGCAGCAGUGGUACUCUCCCUGCCGGCCUCCUGUUGUGCAUUAUCCUUACCAAAACUGGUAUUUUUUGCCUGGCCCAUGGGGCCAGGGGUAUCAGUUCUGAAGCUACCUCUUAUGUUUGGUUUUGUUGUGUUUCUCCUUGGCAGACGCAGGCUCUGCAGUUUCCAUCCCAUGCAGUGCCUGCAGCCACUGUUUUUUUUUGGUCAUUUUGCUGUGUUUGGAUGAAAAUCGGGGAAGAAGGGCCAGGGGAGUGGGACGGUGCCCGGCUGCGGGUUGGAGGGUGCUGACAGCCCCUCAUGGGUUGGGAUGCAGAGCACAUCCCACCCCUCCCAGUGCCAAGCAGGGGUGUAGAAGCAGCAUCCUCCCUGGCAUGCCAGCCUGGCUGUGCCUGUGAGUCUGCCUCUGGGCACAGGCCUGCUGCUGCUUGGUGCAGCAGGGCAGUCGCUGCUGCUGUACAGUCCAGGAUAUGACCGUGGAGAGCAGCUCAUUUAAUUGUUGUGCCUAAGUGAAAAAAAAAAAAAAAGAAAAAAAAAUACUAAAAGUCCCCAGAUCUCUCACACGGAAAGUUGCUGCAAUUUCCGUCGUGCACAGUGGCUGCUGGCUGCAAGUGCCGCAGAGCACACGGAUGAACUCAUGUGGCUUUUUUUUUGCUUUAACCUGCCCUCCCAUUACACCAGCCCCUUCCUUCCCUCCCUUGGUGCCCGUUGGGAUCAGUGUUGGAGCGGUGCCACCAAGCUGUGCCAUGCCACGGUGCCCUGGGUGCAGGCCCCUGUAUCCGUUUGCCAUGGUGUGGCAGGCUGUGGCACGCCGCAGCGCAGCCGCUGACACCCCUCCAUAUAUAUAGAAGUAUAUAUAUGUGCACGCUAGCAGUGAGGACCAAGCGCCCCAUAGGGCCCUGGCCCCGGGUCCCCUCCCCUGGCUUGUCAUUGGUGUCGUGAUGCCCACCUGCCCGUCCCAUUGCUCUGUGUCACCGCUCGUGGUUUGGCUCCGUCACUGUCCUCGUUCCGUCUACCUCAGCACCUCUGUCAGCCCGGGCGCAGAAGGUGCCCCAGUCCCAUUCAGUUUUCUCAGAGUAUCUAUCAGCUCCUAUUUUUUGUACGACUUUCUCCACUUGCCCUUCGCUCCCCUGGGGUUCUGCUUGCAAGUCCUCUCUGUCCUCUAGCCACAGAUACCAUUAGCUAAACGUUUCCUGAAAAAUAAAGAAAAGGAAAAAAAAUUAAAAAAAAAAAAAACCAAACCAGUUGUGGUGUCUCCUAGUUGCAGCUCUACACAUCUGCCUUCAUCCUGUGUAGAUUCAGAUGCAUUUCUUUGUAAGACUUCAGUGUUUCUGACAGAGGAAAAAAAAAAAAGAUUAAAAAAAAAAAGAAGAAUAUAACUGCUGCAGGUUUUUUUCUCUCCAUGUGUCACUAAGUGAAGUUUGUGCCUUCUAUAGCAAAGAGAAUAUUUUUUACAUCCUACUAAUGGUAGAUUUUUUUGUAGUGAACAUUUUUUGUAUUUUUAUUUAUAAGUCUCAUAAGGAAAAUAGCAAUGUUCAGUUGUAUACCUUGGAUCUGCAGUUAGAAAACGAAAAAACAACCAAUAAAGUUAAU